AUGCAAUCAAAGUAACUUUCAGAUACUUCAUAAUCUAUAACUCAAUAGAAAUUAAAAUAAAUGAGAUUUUCAUUUCAAAAUAAACUGAUUUAAAUGAGAAAACAAUUUGAAAAUAUGUAUAAGUAAUAUUUAACAUUAAUAUGUAAACUUGAAGAUAAUAAACUUUCUAAUGAUUUAAUGAAAUUAGAAUCAAUAAUUAAUAAGAUUGUAAUAGACAUGUAAGACUUAGUAGAUGAUGUUGAAGAGUUAAUGGGUUGA